AUGGGAAUUUCAAUGAUUUUAGAUAAUUUUCUUUAUCUUGGCGCAGCAAAAGAUACAAAAGAUGAAAAAGAAAUGGAAAAAUUAAAAAUUACACAUAUAUUUAGUUGUGCAGGAACAGUUCAUUCACCAGAGAAAUAUAUAAUAGCGAAUGAAAAAUUUGAAGAUGAUGAAACAGUUGAUAUUAGCGAACAAAUUGAAAAGGCGUAUUGGUUUAUAGAAAGGGUUAGAAUGAAAAAAGGAGCAAGAGUAUUUAUUCAUUGUAUGGCGGGUAAAUCAAGAUCAGCUUCAAUUGUAUUAUCAUAUUUAUUAAAGAGAGAUAUUCAUUCAUUAUCAGAUUGUUUAUUUUAUUUACAUUCUAAAAGGUUAGAGAUUAGACCAAAUGACGGAUUUAUGAAUCAACUUUGUGAUUUAGAAUUAAAGUUAACCAAUAAACAAACAUUAUCAAAAGAAAUUAAAGAAUGGAGAUCGUUGCAAUCGAAAGCAUUGAAAACUAAAAUUGAUGUACAAACUUGUCAUUUUAUUCAACCUUCAUUAGAUUCAACUAAAAAAGCAAAUGAACAAUAUCUUUUACAUAUUCAGUCGAUUUCAUUCACAUUUUUUGAAAUUCAUUUAAAUCAAGAUAAAAUCAUUCAAUUGUAUCAACAACAAUGUCAACUAUUACAUUCAAAUAAUAUUGAUAUUAAAUAUUUCACUAGUAUACUUCAAGAGGAAUUAUCAAAUUCAACUAAAAAAGCUUUUGAUUUCUUAUUAAUUCAUUAUUAUUUAGAUUGGCAAGAUAUUAUUAAUAAUUUAUUAAACUAUACAAAUUUAAAAUUAAAUUUAAAUUAA